UCCCCUGGCAGGGUUUAUGCUUGAGGAGGGGAGCCGCUUCCCAUCGCUCUCACAGACCAGGCGCCAAGUGUAGCAGUCCCGUCCGCAGUCUGCCUCAGCAGCACCUCCAACGCCCGCAAUGCCCUUGGAUACCGCCGCCCCUCUCAUUCCCACACCGUUCUGACUGACCGUAUCUCUCAACGAGGUACCCUGGAUCUUUACUUCUGGACUGUUGGGUACACUGUCCUGAGUCCUCUGCGCUGCUUGAAGCGAAUGGAGACGGUCCAAGGAUAACAGAGGGUGCAGGUUUUUGCUACUGCAGAAGACCUGCCGGUAGUUCGCUGCCCGGGGGGGCUGCUGUCUGUCAGAGAGGCUGUGGUGUCGCAUCCGCUAUUUUCAUUAUCUAAAAAAAAAAAGUCGCCUUGCAUGGAUACAUCAUGGCUACGUUUAUAUGCAGGGUACAGUUCUUAGAUGAUACUGAUCCAUUUAACAGCACCAAUUUCCCCGAGCCCACCAGACCACCUCUGUACACUUUCAGGGAAGAUAUUCCUCUGAUAAAUCAGAUUGCUGGAGUCCACAGGCUGCUGAAAGCCCCACAGAAGCCUGAUGACUGUGCCCUUCAGCUGUCCCAUAAUGGAAGCUACCUGGACUUGGAGUCCACACUGGCGGAGCAGAGAGAUGAACUGGAGGGAUUUCAGGAAGAAGGAGGGAGAGGCAAGAAACACAGCAUUAUUCUUCGAACACAGCUCUCCGUCAGAGUUCAUGCUUGCAUCGAAAAACUCUACAACUCAACUGGACGAGAGCUACGGAGAGCCCUCUUUUCCCUCAAGCAGAUUUUUCAGGAUGAUAAGGACCUGGUGCACGAGUUUGUGGUGGCAGAAGGACUCACGUGUUUGAUAAAAGUCGGAGCUGAAGCUGACCAGAACUACCAGAAUUACAUCCUCAGGGCUCUGGGUCAGAUAAUGCUGUACGUGGAUGGGAUGAACGGCCUCAUAUCUCACAAUGAAACGGUCCAGUGGCUUUACACCCUGGUUGGAUCCAAGUUCCGUCUGGUGGUGAAGACAGCCCUAAAACUGCUGCUGGUGUUUGUGGAGUACACCGAGUCUAACGCCGCCCUACUCAUAAAGGCUGUGAAUGUGGUUGAUGCCAAAAGAGGCACAAAACUGUGGUCAAACGUCAUGGAGAUCCUGGAUGAGAAGGAUGGAGUGGAUACAGAGCUGCUGGUGUAUGCGAUGACACUCAUCAAUAAGACUCUGGCAAGCCUCCCAGACCAGGACUCAUACUACGACAUGGUGGACUGUCUGGAGGAGCAGGGCAUCGAAACCAUGGCCCAGAGACAUCUGAGCAGGAAAGGCACUGACCUCGACCUCGUAGAACAGUUCAACAUAUAUGAGAUGACUCUCCGCCACGAGGACGGAGACGAUGAGACCCAGCUGCCCCCCAGCGUCCGCAAGGACCGCAGACGGGCCAGUGUCGGCGGCACCAACGAGAAGCGUGGCCUGGAGAGAAGACGCAGCCGGAGACAUUCGCUCCAGAAUAGCAGAGGCCACGCUUCUGCACCAGCAUCCCCGAGCAGCUCUCACACUCAUGCGAGCAGCUUCCUGCCCUUCGGUGGCCAACGCGUUGAAGACAUCAGUGAAAGAGAAGAGGAAGAGGAAGAAGAGGAGGAAGAGGAGGAGGAAGGAGAGGAGGAGGAGGAUGAGGAGGAUGAGGAGGACGAGGCAGAUGAUGAAAGUCAUCCAGUCACUGAGUCCUCUAGACAGGGUGCUCACAGUGUGGCUCCAGCUGUAGCAGACACUCCUAACAUGUGUCUGAACUUAAACUGUAUGGCCAACAUCCUCCCUAAAGCCAGUGACCCUGAAGGGCAGAGAAAAUAUCUCAGCGCCAGGACCAGGACGUCUUCUCCUGUGUCCGUCGCACCUAGAAAGAGGACCCUUAGUCCUUGUCUGACAGAUAUAAACAACUCUCCUACAUCUUACACAGCUAGAAAGCCCUGCUGGGCUGAAAGAAUCAGUGCCAAUGGCACUCCAUACCCUGGCAGGCACCAGGCUCCUACAUCACCCAUCCAUCGCUUCACUAGUUCAGCAACCUCCACACCAGACUCCAAACCAGUUGACAGACCUGCUUUAGGGGGCUUGCUGUCUUCAUCGUACAGGCAGCAUCAGGAGUCUCUGGCUGCAGAGAGAGAGAGGAGGCGCUUGGAAAGAGAAGAGCGUCUGCAGAGAAUCGAAAGAGAAGAGAGGAACCGCUUCAGUCGAGAUUAUGUAGACAAGAGGGAAGAAGCACGACAGGCCAGGGAGGAAAGGUACAAAGCUGUGGAGAGGCUAGCUGCUGAGGAGUUUGAACGAGAGCGCCCCAGAGCGCCAACAAGAGGACGGACAGAAAUCACUUUGUGUUUGAGUCCCAAUCCUGCCAGCCGCUCAGUGUCCCGCUGUACCACACCUUCAUCCAUCUCACAGGAGGACACCGUCACUGCACACCAGACGUCAGGAACAGAACAAAUCUCAGAGCCAAACCUUGACCCACAGACCAGGACCAAAAGUCCAGCGCCAGAGUUAACAGUAUCAGAACCUUCCCCCACGCCUCCCCCAGAGCCAGACGAGCAGCAGACUGAGACAGAGUCGCCUGCAGAGACAGAGGACGUUGCUGAGAGUCAGUCUGACCAGAAUGUGUUGGCAGAGCCGGCAUCCGAUGAACAAUCCGGCAUGGAGAGUGAAACGAGGCAAGAGGAGGAGAAGCCUGAGGAACAGAAACAGUGCGUGGAUGAAGUAGUGGUAGAAGAGCAGGUAGAAGAAGUGGAGGUAGCAGAUGUAGCAGGUGUGAGAGAGCCAGAUGUCGAGGCGGAGGCGGAGGUGGAGGCGAAUGUCGAGUUUGAGUUUGAGAAGGAGCAGACGACGGAAAGGGAUGUAGAAGAUACUGUACUGCUGAGCGAGAAGGAGAGACAGAACGAGGAAGUGAAUGAAAAGGACAACUGCUCUGCAUCCAGCAUCUCCUCUACCAGUAGCACUCUGGAGAGGGAGGAGAGGGAGGAGAAACUCACCAAUGACAUUGAAGCAGGCCAGUGGACACAGUGCAUUAAAGACGCAGAUGUGAAUGACCAGUGCAACAAAAUACUCAACAGCAAGCGCUUUAUGCUGGACAUGCUCUAUGCUCAGAAGACAACUAGCAGCGAUGAAGGGAAUGUAGCAGAAACGGAGAAAGAAACAUGUAAAUGCGAGAAGGAGACGGAGGUCAGUGACUCCUCUGUGGCUAGCUUGGCCAGCAGGAUCUCCACACUGGAGGCUCACAGACAGGCCAGAGAAGAAAAUGUGAAAAAAAUGGAGGUGGGACAUCUGGACAACCAGGGCAGUGUCCGAGCAGUGGCGGAGAAGUUUGGAGAUUUGGUCAAAGGUCUGACAUCUCCUCCUGAGGUGGAGGCCUCAAAAGAACAGCAGCAGACUGACAAAGCAUCACCGGCUGCCUCACCGACCUUACCCCCUAAGAAAGAGUCGGACUACAUCUGGGACCAGCUGAUGGCCACACCCAGGGAGCUGCGGAUCAAAGAAAUGGACUUCACGGACCUGAAGGAUGAAGAUGACGUGGACAUUUUAGAUAUGGACAGUGUGAUGGGGUCAGGGGACCUGAUACCACCACCUCCCCCUCCGCCAUGCAGUGCUACCCUGCCACCACCUCCGCCCCUGUUCGGCUGUCCCCCUCCUCCUCCCAUGCUUGGUAAAAUGAUGCCCCCACCCCCGCCAUUCAUGGCCCCUAUCCCUCCGCCCUCCCCUCAGCUGUGUCGAGGGGAGAUGCCUCUCUUCCAAAAGAAGAAGAAGACCAUCCGCCUCUUCUGGAACGAGGUGCGUCCCAUGGACUGGCAGUGUAAGAAUCAUAAAUUCUGUAAGGAGUCCCUCUGGUCCAAACUGGAGCCAAUUAAACUGGACACAUCCAAGAUGGAGCAGCUGUUUGAGUCCAAAUCCAAGGAGCUGCCUGUCACAAAGAAGGCAGCUGUUGAUGGCAAACGACAAGAAAUAAUAGUCCUGGAUUCAAAACGCAGCAACGCUAUAAACAUCGGCUUGACUGUCUUACCUCCUCCCCGCACCAUCAAGACCGCUAUCCUCAACUUCGAUGAGUACGCACUGAACAAAGAAGGCAUUGAGAAAAUCCUGACCAUGAUCCCCACGGAGGAGGAGAAGCAGAGGAUCCAGGAGGCUCAGCUGGUCAACCCUGAUAUUCCUCUGGGCAGUGCUGAACAAUUCCUUCUCACCCUCUCCUCCAUCACAGAGCUGUCUGCUCGCCUGCAGCUGUGGGCAUUCAAGAUGGACUAUGAGCUUAUUGAGAAGGAAGUGGCAGAGCCUCUGCAGGACCUGAAGGAGGGGAUGGACCAGUUAGAGAAAAAUAAGACACUCCGCUACAUCCUGACCACGUUGCUAGCCAUAGGCAACUUCCUCAACAGCACUAAUGCUAAAGGCUUUGAGCUGAGUUACUUGGAGAAAGUCCCGGAGGUAAAGGACACAGUUCACAAGCAGUCCCUACUGCACCACGCCUGCUCCAUCGUGGUCGAGAAGUUUCCAGACAGCACUGACCUCUACUCUGAGAUAGGAGCUAUCACCCGCCUGACCAAGGUGGACUUUGACCAGCUUCAAGACAAUCUGGCCCAGAUGGAGCGAAGGUGCAAAGCAUCAUGGGAUCACCUCAAGGUCAUUGCAAAACAUGAGAUGAAGCCAGCAUUGAAACAGAAAAUGUCAGACUUCCUUAAGGAGUGUGCAGAGAGAAUCAUCAUUUUGAAGAUUGUACAUCGAAGAAUAAUCAAUAGGUUUCACGCCUUUCUGCUGUUCCUGGGCCAUCCGAUAUAUGCAGUCCGUGAGGUCAGCAUUCAUCGCUUUAGCAAGAUCCUGAGUGAAUUUGCCCUGGAGUAUCGCACAACAAGAGAGCGCGUGCUACAGCAGAAACAGAAGAGGGCUAACCACCGAGAGAGGAACAAGACCAGGGGAAAAAUGAUAACAGAUAGUGAGGACGAUGAUAGUGAGAGUGGUAAAUUUGGCGGUGCCCCGUCAGAAGCACAGGAGAGCCAGCCUCAGGGUAUCCAGUAUGCUGAAGAUGUGGCUGAACAUGAGAACAUGAAGGCCGUAUUAAAGAGUAGCCUGCAGGGUGGAGAGAGUGGGACGUCCACAGUGCCCGGCCUCCGUACACGCACCAGAGCCAGCAGCACCAGAGGGCGUGUUCCCCCAUGGUGCUCUGCCAAUGAUGACCCAGUGAACUGCACAGAUGACACAGCUGAUGAGAUCAUGGAGAGGAUUGUUAGGUCAGCCACUCAGGGGCCCAGCCAGCGGACGCAACCUCGGGAGAGGAGACGGUCCCGAGCCAACCGGAAAUCAUUGAGGAGGACACUGAAGAAUGGUUUGACGACAGAGGAGGCAAACGCUCUUGGCUUGUCCAGCGGUUCAGAGAUGCAGGUCUGAGCUGGACAUAAAGACGUCUGGAAGCCCUUUCACUGCCCCUCCAACGCCCACACCCAGC